AAAAUAAAACAAUGUAGGUUGAACUUAGAUAGGUAGGUACUCAUCAGUUAUAUUUUCUUGUCAUCAAAAGAUGAUAAAAAUAUUAAGUAGCUCAAAUCAAUGAAUUUAAUCUUGUUGAACCGUGUUUUAAUUUUCCAUUGUUUAUAAAUUUGAUAAGGGAUCUCCCGUGUAUAUAAAUAAUCGGCACAAUUAUGAGUAUGCACCAUUUACUUUGUGUUAAUAAAGAGAAUGAAGUUGGCUAUUGUAGUAGUGGUAGUAGUAGCCCUGGCGAUAGCACAGGCUGCCGCCACCCCCAAAAUUCUCACGAAGGAGUUUAUCGAUUCCAUCAACGAAAGACAGAAUAGCUGGACCGCGGGCCAAAAUUUCGACGAAAACAUGUCCAGAGCUCACAUGAAAUCCCUUCUCGGUUUGAGGGAAGAUUUCAGAAGGAACAGGCUUCCAGCCUUGACCCACGUCGAUACCGAUGUACCUGAAAAUUUUGACGCCCGUGAGCAAUGGCCGGACUGUAAGUCUAUUGGUCAGGUCAAGGAUCAGUCCGUGUGUGGAUCUUGCUGGGCUUUCGGUGCCGCUGAAGCAAUGACUGACAGAAUUUGCAUCCACUCCGACGGUAAAGUAAAGAAGUCUGUAUCUGCUGAAGAUUUGAUGACUUGUUGCUAUGAGUGCGGUUUUGGUUGCGAAGGUGGUUUCCUUUACGAAUCCUGGUCAUACUGGGUGGAUUCUGGUAUUGCUACUGGAGGCGGAUACAACACUUCUGAUAAGACUGUAUCUGCUGAAGAUUUGAUGACUUGUUGCUAUACCUGCGGUUAUGGUGGCGAUGGUGGUUACCUUUACCAAUCCUGGUCAUACUGGGUGGAAUCUGGUAUAGCUACUGGAGGCGUAAGAAAUUGAUAGAAGCACUCAAUUGGGCAAACUAAACAACUCUUUAUAGGGUUGCAGAUCUUAUUCCUUUGCUUGUUUCCUUAGGAGUUUACAAGCAUAUUAAGGUGAAUUUUCGGGAGGGCACGCCAAUAAAAUCUUGGGAUGGGAUGUGAAAAACGAUACUUCUUACUGGAUGAUUGUCAACUCCUAAAAUGAGGAUUGGGGAGACCAGGGAUACUACUACAAUGUAGGUUAAACUUAGGUAGGUACUCAUCAGUUAUAUUUUGAUGUCAUCAAAAGAUGAUAAAACUUUUAAGUAUGAAUUUAAUCUUAUUGAAUCUAGUGUUUUAAUUUUCCAUUGUUUAUAAAUUUGAUAAGGUAAUCUCCCGUGUAUAUAAAUAAUCGGCACAAUUAUUAGUAUGCACCAUUUAGUUUGUGUUAAUAAAUAGAAUGAAGUUGGCUAUUGUAGUAGUGGUAGUCGUAGCCCUGGCGAUAGCCCAGGCUGCGGCCUCCCCCAAAAUUCUUACGAAGGAGUUCAUCGAUUCCAUCAACGAAAGACAGAAUAGCUGGACCGCGGGCCAAAAUUUCGACGAAAACAUGUCCAGAGCUCACAUGAAAUCCCUUCUCGGUUUGAAGGAAGAUUUUAGAAAGAACAGGCUUCCAGCUUUGACCCACGUCGACGUCGAUGUACCUGAAACUUUCGACGCCCGUGAGCAAUGGCCGGACUGUAAGUCUAUUGGUCAGGUCAGGGAUCAGUCCGUGUGUGGAUCUUGCUGGGCUCUCGGUGCCGCUGAGGCAAUGACUGACAGAAUUUGCAUCCACUCCGACGGUAAAGUAAAGAAGACUGUAUCUGCUGAAGAUUUGAUGACUUGUUGCUCUUUCUGCGGUGAUGGUUGCGAUGGUGGUUACCUUUACCCAUCCUGGACAUACUGGAUGGAAUCUGGUAUUGCUACUGGAGGCGGAUACAACACUUCUGAUUGCGAACACCAUACAACUGGCUCCAAACCAACCUGUGGUGAUUCUCAACCAACACCAGCUUGUGUAAAGAAAUGCGAUGAUUCGUCGAUGAACUACAAAGAAGAAUUGACUUUCGGUAAAUCUGUUUACUCGAUUACAGGCCCGAAACAAAUCCAAAUUGAAAUCAUGAAGAACGGACCAGUGGAAGCUGCGUUCAACGCAUACGAAGAUUUCUUACUCUACAAAAAGGGAGUUUACAAGCACCUUGAAGGUGAAUAUUUGGGAGGACACGCCAUUAAAAUCUUGGGAUGGGGCGUGGAAAACGAUACUCCUUACUGGUUGAUUGCCAACUCCUGGAAUGAGGAUUGGGGAGACCAGGGAUACUUCAAGAUCCUGCGUGGAAAGAACCAUGUUGGCAUUGAAGGAGAGGUUGUAGCAGGACUACCAAAAUUGGAUUGAAUCUAGGUUGAACGAUUUUUAUAACUAUGCUAUUUUUGUAAAAUUUAAAUAAAAAAAAUUCUAGAAAUUUGUUGAUUUGUUUUCUUGUCAAUAUUUUCGACUUUUUCGGUAUACUUAGACUUAAUAUUUGCUUAUGUCCUGAAUCUUCAUGUUUAUCAUUGCUUUCA